CAUUCGUGUACCGUUUCCUUCUUUCUUUAUUCUCUCUCUCUCUCUCUCUCUUUAUGAGAAAGAUCGUUUCUUUUGAUCUGUUUCGUGGAACUCUGUUGUCUCUAGAGGGAAUCUAAAAGUUGAAACCUUUUUAUUCGUUUGAUUGAAUUUGAAUUCCACCUUGUUUGUUCUCUGUUGAUUGAUUUUGGAAACGAUGAGUGGUUUCCGAGAUGUUUGUUCUUCAAGUGGCUCGGUGAAUGUGAUGAUCGGAGUAUCAUCACCAGCUGAAGAAGGAGAAGACGACAACGCCGCCGCCGUGGCUCUGUCGUCGGAGGAUUCUUGUUCCCCCGACGAGACGGUGGCGGGAACAGAGAUCGACUUAGCUCUGGGUCUUAGCAUUGGUUUGAACAGAAGUAGGAAUCACUCAUCAAAGGUUCGGUAUUUUUCUUCAUCUCUGGCCUCCUCUUCGUCUUCUCUGACCAGAGAAAGUGGAACCAAACGGUCUGCUGAUUCUUCUGCGGCUGCCUCAAAAGGACAAGUUGCGGUAGGGUGGCCGCCUCUACGGACUUACAGAAUCAACAGUUUGGUCAACCAAGCAAAGUCCUUGCCCACUGAAGACGACAUUCAAAAGGACACAACAACAACAACAAAAAACAGCGUGGUGGCUGCAGUGAAGAACGAUGAGGUUGGAUUCAUCAAAUCUCCAAUGCUUGUGAAGGUUACAAUGGACGGAGUUAUAAUUGGAAGGAAGAUUGAUCUCAAUGCUCUUGAUUCUUAUGAAGUCUUGGCGAAAACAUUGGAACAAAUGUUUUUCCACACACCUUCGUCUGUAACAACAACAAGAUGCAAGGAAACAACACGUGCUUCAGAACUGCUAGAUGGCUCAUCAGAAUAUAUUAUAACGUAUCAAGAUAAAGACGGAGAUUGGAUGCUUGUUGGAGAUGUUCCUUGGCUGAUGUUCCUUGGGUGCGUGAAAAGACUGAGAAUCAUGAGAAGAUCAGGUGAGACUGGAGGUGGCAAGUAGGGUUUCAUCUUCUCUGAGAAGACAUUCUCAGCUGAAGGGUGAAAUCAUCUUCUUUGUAAGAUGCAAAUGAUUGAACGUGGAGAU